AUGCAUGUUUCAAAGAAGAUAUCAGUCGAAUCGAAGCUUUUCGUAAGGCUAAUUCCAAUCGCCAAUGGAGGCAUUGGGCGUAAACCUCUUACCGUUGUGUCUAUGUAUGAUCAGGAACAACUAGUGACACAAGAACCACCACAAUCACAGUUGGAAAUGCUGCAAACGAUACUAAAGGACCCGGCAUGUUCUACGACAUUGGAAGAGUGGUUUCACUCAUUGCCGCCACCAUAUAAUAAUGAAGGAAAUGAUGGGAAUGAUGAGGACGAGUAACUACUUUAGGGUUUUAUGAAAUGUUUUGUUUGGAAGAAUACUUUAGGUUGUUGUAUGGAUUAAUAUUUUGGAUUGGUUUUGUAUGG